GCGGGCUGGCGGCCGGGCCGGGAGGAGGAGGAAGGAGGCGGCGCGGGCCCGGCGGGCGGAAGGGGGAGGAGAGGCCGGAGCCUGCGGGGGGCCCAGCUCGGCGCCGGACUCGGAGCAGCGGCCCGGCCCGGCCCGCGCCGCCACCAACGCCGCGAUGCUCCAGACCCUGUAUGACUACUUCUGGUGGGAACGGCUGUGGCUGCCCGUGAACUUAACCUGGGCCGAUCUAGAAGACCGAGAGGGCCGCGUCUACGCCAAAGCCUCCGACCUCUACAUCACACUACCCCUAGCCUUGCUCUUCCUCAUCGUCCGCUACUUCUUUGAGCUUUACGUGGCUACGCCACUGGCUGCCCUCCUAAAUGUCAAGGAGAAAACUCGGUUGCGGGCGUCUCCCAACCCGACUUUGGAGCACUUCUACCUGACCAGUGGCAAGCAGCCCACACAGGUGGAGGUGGACCUCCUGUCCCGGCAGAGUGGGCUCUCAUGCCGUCAGGUAGAGCGCUGGUUCCGUCGCCGCCGCAAUCAGGACCGGCCCAGUCUUCUGAAGAAAUUCCGAGAAGCCAGCUGGAGAUUCACAUUUUACCUGAUUGCUUUCGUCGCCGGCAUGUUUGUCAUCAUGGACAAACCCUGGUUCUAUGACUUGAAGAAAGUCUGGGAGGGCUACCCUAUCCAGACUACCAUCCCUUCGCAGUACUGGUACUACAUGAUCGAGCUCUCUUUCUACUGGUCCCUCCUCUUCAGCAUUGCUUCCGAUGUGAAGAGAAAGGACUUUAAGGAGCAGGUCAUCCACCACGUGGCCACCAUCAUCCUCAUCAGCUUCUCCUGGUUUGCCAAUUACAUCCGCGCGGGCACCCUCAUCAUGGCUCUGCAUGACUCCUCCGACUACCUGCUCGAGUCAGCCAAGAUGUUUAACUACGCGGGAUGGAAGAAUACUUGCAACAACAUCUUCAUCGUCUUCGCUGUUGUCUUCAUCAUCACGCGCCUGGUCAUCCUGCCCUUCUGGAUCAUGCACUGCACGCUGGUGUACCCGCUGGACCUCUACCCUGCCUUCUUUGGCUAUUACUUCUUCAACGCCAUGUUAGGAGUGUUACAGCUGCUGCAUAUCUUCUGGGCCUACCUCAUUUUGCGCAUGGCCCACAAGUUCCUAACUGGAAAGCUGGUAGAAGAUGAACGCAGUGACCGGGAAGAGACAGAAAGCUCGGAAGGGGAGGAGCCUGCUGCCGGGGGAGGGGCGAAGAGCCAGCCUCUAGCCAAUGGCCACCCUGUCCUGAACCACCAUCGCAAGAAGGACUGAAGGAUUCUGUGUCCCUCAUUCCGGCAGAAGGCCACGGUCUCCCCACCGUCCCCCGAGGGCCCCCAACUUCUGGGGAGGAAGGAGAAAGCAGAAACCCAGGGGAGAGUUGCCUGCCCCAGCCCUGCCUCCGUCACCCAGUUGCCUUUAAACCCAAAUGUAGCCAGCUACCCCGCACCCCCUCCCCACCCCAGGAGGGGCAGCCGGCUCGAUCCUGCGGGAGAGUGUGUCUCGCUUUCCUUGUCAAGGUGUUCUUUGUUGCUUUAGAGCCCUUUUCCCACCUCCGGGGUGGGGGCUUCCAACUCACAUUCCUUAUUCAAAAUUUGGCCCUAGCUGUCUGCCUUCGACUUGGGGACUCCAGAGCUAUGGCCAGGCCUUACUGUCCCAUCCGGGGGCCCCAUUCUGCCAAAGCUGGACCAAGGCUCAUGUUUCUAAGCAGCCCCAAACUGAGCUGACUUUAACAUUUCCCUCCUUAGCUGCAAAUGAACCAAGGGAGGAAGGUGUGCGCGACCCUUCCCAACCUCUGCCAAAUAGCGGGGAGCUCAACCCGCUCCUCUGCCAACCUCGCGGGACCGCGAGCCCGUAACUUACUGCCCGCUUUCCCUGGCCACUUUCCCAGGGCUUGCUGGUUUGGAGUAGAGAGGCAACUAGUUCUGAUUUUAUUUAUUUAAACAGUUGGGGUUUGUGUUUUCAAGCCAGAAUUACAGCUAGCACCUGGCAUUUGGCAGAGGGACCACUUCAGACCAAAAUGUACUGUCAAUGUCUUUUUUUAAAAAAAAAAUUAAAAUAUAUUAAAGAUUAAAACAUG